AAGAAACCAGAUUUUUAUGUAAUAUUGUAUGGAUGCAUGUCACCGCGCGCUCUGGUGUAAGUAACAGCGACAGAAUAAUAAAGUGCUUAAUCGUGGCGUCGUUUGUAAAGGCGAAUUAGUUCGCUGCGCGUACAUCACCAGUUUGGUGAGCAACUCAUUGUUUUUACUAGGUUUCUAGUUGGAAAGGCUUUAAUAAUAUCAUUGAAAGAAAAGUGACUCAGUAUGAAUGAAUACGAUAGUGAAAGGCGUCUUGCCUUCCUGUAUCCCCUUAUCGGUGCGUUAUCAUUUAUCUGCUGCAUAUCGACCGCCGUAGCAUGGCAUCAUUGGCGGUAUGUGCUGGACACUUGUGUUGAAACCAACUGCGGGUGCAUUCUGAACGGACGAUCAACACCAACAUUCUUCACGGGAGGCCACAUCGCAUAUUGCCAUUGGGCCACCUAUGGACUGGUUUUACCCAUUAUCUUCUGUGUUAUAUUCGGUAUAUUUCAUGUGUUUCGAGUAUGCUGUGGAAGACCAAGAGGACACACUCAAACCGCAACUGUUCGACAAAGAUCUGGUGAAGUAGUCGUUAUGACAACCAAGACCGACGUUACGGACGAUGAUGAUAUCAGCCCAUACUACUGGAUACCUGUGAGCAUUAUCGGUAGCUUCAUGGCGUUGUUCACAUUAGUUCACGCGGCCAUGUACCUGGAUGGUUUCUUAUAUAGUUGCAAGCAGUACCGCAAUGAGUUGAUCAAAUAUAUGCAGGCCAGCGGACCGUUGGUGGCUUCGAUCCAGGGGCGCUUAUCCUGCGCAUCUGUAUUCGAUUUUAUGGACUAUCUCCACCAGGACGUCUCAUGGGAUAGACGACGCGAGGGAAGAAUCAAUACGUCGGCCGCACUUAUCAUCGGUAUAAUUUGCUCUUGGACUUGCAUUGCCCUAUGGAUCUGGACGGUGGUCAUUGCAGUACAGCGCGCAAGGGCAAGCCGGCGUGUCCGUGUUUGAAAUCACAAAUUGAGAGAUUUCUUACGUAACGGCAUUCAGCUGGAUGCAACUCAUCAUGGUGUUCAAACUUCAAUACGCCCAUCCAUUAUUUGCCUAUAUGACUUGUCAGGGAGACAUGUGCCUUUUAAACAUUUUUACAAAACAAACCAGACAUUAUUUUAAAAUCAUUCAAUUUGACUUCACAUUCCAUUAUUCCAUAGGAAUGUUUAUUUUAUAAGCCUAAGCUUUGCUUAAGAUUUUAAAAGACAAUAAAACAUAAGAUACAAUUAAUACUAUAUUCAGA